GAGUAACCGCAUGAUUACCCUCUAUCUCCCAAUUGCACGGUCGUGUCGACUAGAGAGACUAUGCGUAUAUAGAAAAGGAAGAUUUACUGUGUUGUCAAGGACAUUUUCACAUACAUCGGCGCGAAGUGACGGCCCUCUCAAGGAAAAAGUCCGCGCCAUUCCUUUCAGCCAGCAUGUCAAAGCAGCAGAACAGACGUUUGAUUCCUAUCAUGGUCAUAGUUUCUUCUCCUUGAAGGCUUCCAAAGCGGGAGCUCCUGACGAAGUUUUUGUACCGUUUUGGGUAGCAACAGCCAGCAUACGAUCUCGCAUUGUGCAGGCGCAAGUUGGAAGAGAUGUGUCCAGAACGCGCCAUAACCCGCAAACAAAUCGAAUGGAAACUUAUUGGGAUACGGAAUGGUAUUGGGUGCAAACCUCCCAUUCCUUUGAGCGAGAAUAUGUUCCCGCUCAGCAUGUGGGACUACAAGUGUACGCUUCGCACAAGUAUAGGCGAGGGUAUGUGAACGGCAUUCGAGGUGAAAGCGUUGUGGAUGCCAAGCCAUUUACACCUGAUAUGUUGGACCGAGCCACCUAUAGCGACUUGGAUACGGAAUAUCGAUCGGUGACCAGGAAGGUCGAUCCUUUUACCGUGUUCCCAGCAUCAGCCGUGAAGCUUGCGAAAAAAUACAUUCAAGAUUCAGAAGAAGCUCUUGCUGAUGAGUUUCUUCUGAGCACAUACCGUGCCGACCGAACCAGACUAGUCAGUGUAGAGGUACAAGUAAACCACAUAAAACUAUCACCGGUGUACUUUCCGGCAUAUAUCUACUCUAUAAGAUAUCUUAGUCGUCACUUUCGAACUUUCAUUAAUGGUGACGACUUGUCGGUUGGCGGUCAAAGACUUUACAACUGGGAACGAGUAGCUUUGACUUCAGCAGCAGCCAUGGGAUCUCUGAUGCUGUUCUCUGGAGGUGUUGGUUGGGGAGGUCCAAUUGGUACAAUAUGGCUUGGAAUUGUCUUUCCAACCGUAGCAACCUCGCUCUUAACAAUGUAUUACCCUAUUCUAUCUCUGAGAUUGCGUGAUGAAAUGCGAAAACGUGAAAUUCAAAGCCAAGCGAAUGACGAGAAGUCUUGGGACACAGAUUGGGUAUCCGCAUUUGAUGCUUUUGAAGAUUUUGAACGAUAUAGACAAUGGAAGGAGGAACGGUCAUAUCGACGAUCCACAUUCGGAGAACAAGAAUCUGAAAGAAUCAAGCAGAAUAUACGAGAUCCAAAGGGUUAUUAUAGAACGCUGGGUGUUGGUGAAGAUGCCAAUAAGGCAGAUAUCCAAGGUGCUUUCCGAGGUCUUGCCUUGAAAUAUCAUCCAGACCGUGCAACUGAUCCCAAAGACAAAGAAGCUGCAAAGAAAAAGUUUCAAGAAAUAUCUCAGGCAUACCAUGUGCUCCGUGACCCCAAAAAGCGCCGCCUUUAUGAUCAAGGUGUCGAUGUGUAAUUUAUGAUAGUGUUAGUAAUAAUAUAGCAUGACGAUUGUACUAGCAGCACGAGGUGGUUUUAUUGAAUUAGAUAAACCUAUAGAGUCAACUCUUUACUCUGACUAGAAUUAUCCUAGGACUUGAAAAUGUUGUUUAAAAAUAUGAAGAAAUAAUUAAUGUUUUAUACUAUGAC